AAAAUUCCACCACAAACAUUAUAUAAAUUCCUCUUCAUAUUUGAAGAAAACAUUAGCUUUUUUUUUGUAGAAUUUUAGAAAUCGUAACUAAAUGGCGAGCGAGGGAGUCGUAGUUGUCGGAGGGGAGAGAGAAGGGGCUGAGAUCGUGUACGGAGCGGAGGAAUGUUACAAGCAAUCAUUGGAGCUUCUAGAGGAGCUAGGGUUUCCAAAAGGAGUCAUGCCUUUGAAGAAUCUUGUGGAGUGUGGAAGGGUUAGAGCCACGGGUUACGUUUGGAUGAAGCAAGACACUCCUUACGAGCAUUUCUUCGAAGCCACCAACACUCGUGUCUCCUACGGUCUCGAAGUCACCGCUUACGUCGACAAGUGUUGUAUGAAGAAGAUGACAGGAGUGAAGAGUAAGCAGAUGUUUUUGUGGGUACCGAUCGUGGAGAUGAGUAUGGAGGAGCCAAAAAGCAAGAAGAUUUACUUCAAGACUCCUAUGGGAAUUGGCAAGUCUUUCCCCGUUACCGCAUUCAUGGACGAGGAAGAGAAACGCAACUUUUACUUGGAGAAUCCCAAAAAUUAAACCAUUUAAUAAUUAUUCAUUACUUCU